AUGGAAGUGGAUAGUGAAGCUGAUAGUCAAAAUGAUGUUGAAGAUAAUCCUGAAGCAAGAUUGCAAUUGAGAUUAGAUUAUCGUAGUAUUAUUGAUGAUUUAAACAGUAACCGAAAAGAUUAUCUCAGUUUGGAAAGUGACGCAUUGGAAAAGAAAAUCGAUGAUUGUAAUCGUGUAUUUGAAAGAGUUCGUAUGCCACGCGAAGGUGUAUUGGAUGCUUCGGCUUUAAGAACAAUUACAACAUUCGCAAAUAUGCGAAUUCGACAACUAGAUGAGAAAGGCAGUCUUGAAAAUGCCUAUGCAUUUGCACAAAAAUGCAAAAAAGUGGUAGACAAUAUGAGCGGAGGUUGGUCUGAGUUUUAUGAAAUAUUCUCUCAAUAUCACAAAGUUGCACCAUCUAUGAAUUUUAUGUCUGGACGUUUACCAACAACGUUCUUUGCGACUGAAACAUUAGAAAAAUUAAAAAAUCGUAAAAAACAAAUACGUGAACCAAAACAAACAAAAGAAGAUUUAGAAAAAUCACGUACAGUACCAGAAGAAAUGAAUCAAUUUGGAAAAGAAGUUGGUGAACAAACAUUAACCGAAAUUUUAAGGAUCAAAUCAAUUUUAGUCAAAUCAUUCAAAGAAAAUAAAGGACAACGAUUUGAUUAUUUCGAAUUUGUUGUUCAUCCAGAAUCGUUUGCACGAACAGUUGAAAAUAUGUUUCACAUAUCAUUUUUGAUCAAAGAAGGUUAUGCACGAUUAUUUCUGGAUAAGGAAGAAUUACCAGCAAUUGAGCCAACAGAGAAAGCAUUAUUUAAAUCAUCACUCAACUCAUCGACGUCGUCACAACAACGAUCUCAAAAUUCGACAAUACAUUCUAAUCAAAUGAUCAUGUCAUUUACAGUGGAAGAUUGGGAGGAAGUUAAGAAAACAUUUGAAAUUGUUGUACCAAUGAUUCCUGAUAAAUAA